AUGAGUUUUCGUACGGGAGCUGCUUAUGCCAAGGCACUUGCUGAAAGCCGCAAGUCCAUUGCAAUUGUUACCGGUGGGCGGUCUGGUAUCGGCCUGUCGGUGGCCAGCAAGGUUGCUUCCUUCCCAUUCAUUGACCAGGUCCUGGCCGUGUCUCGGUCCGUCAAGGAAACGGAUGUUGCCGGUCUUUCUCCCAAAAUCACUCCUUUGCAAGCGGACGUUGGAAGUUCCGAAGGACGUCAGAAGAUAGUGGACCAGGUCUCGCAACUUUGCAACAAUAAUGGUGGCCCCCAAAAGCAACUUCGGUAUCUGAUUCACAGUGCCGGGACAAUCGAGCCCAUCAAGCCAAUUCUCGAAAUCACACCAGAGGAAAUGAGGCAUGCCAUGAACGUCAAUUGUGAAUCUCCCUUCUUUUUGACCACUGCGCUCUACCCUUUUAUGACACCUGUCGAUGAAUCGGGUGUGUCGGGUCGAGUGCUACAUGUUUCCAGCGGUGCUGCCCAUGGCGCGCCUCCAUCUGGUUGGACCUGCUAUGGGCUCACAAAGGCUGCAUUCUUUGCCAGCUAUAAGAUCUUGGAAAGAGAGUUUCGGGAAUCCUUGGGAGGAAAGGUGGUGAUUGGAACCUUCAAACCAGGUGUCGUAGACACUUCGAUGCAAGGAACGAUUCGAGAAGCACCCACGGACUCGAUGCCCGUCGUGGGCAACUUUCAAAAAAUGAAGGAGAAAGCUGCAAAUCACGCAAUGGCCAACAAAGCUCGCCCCCCACCACCAGGUGCCCUGGACAGCCCAGACAAUGUAGCAUUCUUUGUGGAGUAUCUGCUGUUGGGUACAACGGAUGAGGAGUUUGCCAACAAAGAUGAUAGCAAUGAAUACGACAUUCGGAACGAGGAUUUGUAUCCUCAUUGGAUUGAAGAGGAAGAUCUCAAAUAA